CGGAAGUGUAGCGCCAGUAGUAAACACAGCUUCACAGCUGUGUUACUUUCAGAACGAUGGUGUACGUGUCCAACGGUCAGGUCCUGGACAACAGGAGUCAGUCACCAUGGCGACUGUCCUUACUGAUCGAUUUCUUCUGGGGAGCAGUGGAGUUUAUCAGCCUGUUUUUUAGGACAAUGGUUUACCCUAACAUGACAAAGAAUGGAAACUAUGGUUCAUCAGGCUUCAGUGAUGGCAGAGGUCCUCCAGGUCCCCCUGGUGGCAGAAGAAGGAUGGGAAGAAUAUCUCAUGGUGGAGCUCCCAAUGCUCCACCAAUGGGUGGAGGAGGAUGAGGAAGGUAAACGCCUACACAUCUAGUGUAGGCGUGGGGCCUGGCACAGUGUCCGUUUGCUGAGAACUUUAAGAAAGAUGGUGUCUGAUGGUGACGUCACAGUGCUGAAGCCCCUCUUCAUCGGCUGCCGCUGCCACGAGCAGUUACUUGAAGCCUUUCUGGGAAUUCCUACUCGUAGGGGCCAGGAUGGCUGAUACAGCAGCUAUUUGCAUCACUUCCCCCCCUUUUCCUGCUUCUGUCUUUACACUUAGCUGUCACACCAGUCUUCUAGAGAUGUGUGUCACUGACAUCUCGGUUGUGAUCAUCCCUCCAGGGAAUCAUGAAGUUAGUUUUGUCUUUGUUUGGUGCCCUUCUGUUUGAAUGAACUUGUGCUAUUAAAGCAUACUGAGCUAGUUCGUCUUGUUCCAUUACUGUCACAGUUGGUAAUGACCCACCUCGCCUCUAUGUAGAGAUGGGGAACACUGGCCAAAAUUAAUCAUAUCAUGUUUGACUCUGUACUUCAAUACUGAUAAUGUUAGAAGAUACUCAAGAGUAGAUUUAUAAGAGGUGUGUGAUUUUGUAUCUGAAAUAUAAUGUGGAUAAUGGCAGAGCAGGUGGAGGCAUUUGCCAUUCUUUUUAGUCAGCUGCAACAGUUGCAUAAUGCAAUGGACUUAAGCAUUAAGUUACUCGGUUUGUGAAGAGGGAUGUGGAUUGUACUGGAGGCAGCCUUGUGUUCAAUAUUGGUCACAAUUCCAAGAAAGGUGGAUUUUGUUUGUUCAAAUAAAAUGCAACUAUUGUGUA